UCUUCUUCGCCGUGCACGCUGGGAGCCAGUCACUUUUCUCCGUCAUGGCGGCCCGUGUCCUGCAGCAGUGUGUCCGCUCGCUCGCCCGGCCCUCGCUGAGGCUUUGCUCCGGUAACCCGGCAGUGAGAGCCGCAGCCGCCCCGGCAGUAGCCAUCCACCGACCCCUGUCCUCCGCCGCAGACAGCCGGAGGACGCGGUGGCUCGGACAGAGUCGGAUUCCCUCAGUGGGCGUGUUUUGCCGACAGUAUGGAGACUUGCCCCCCUUCACCAUAGAGGUCAUUAGAGAUCGUGUCAUGUAUGUCCUCAAGCUCUACGACAAGAUCAACCCAGAGAAGCUGCAGACAUCCUCUCACUUCAUGAAAGACCUGGGUCUGGACAGCUUGGACCAGGUGGAGAUCAUCAUGGCCAUGGAGGAUGAGUUUGGCUUUGAGAUCCCUGACGCAGAAGCAGAGAAGUUGAUGAGUCCUGAGGAAAUUGUACAAUAUAUCGCAGACAAGAAGGACGUUUAUGAAUAGCUUGUUCUAUAGUUCACUACAGAGAGGUUGACGCCAGCGUGACCCCACAGGAAGUACUCGUGAAGCAGAUCUGCACCAAACCAUUUCCCACUUCCUCCCGUCAGCUCUUCUGUCCAUUACGGCACUGUUGGCUGCCGUGUCUUGUGUUUGACUGUAUUUAAAUGAACAUGUGUUUUGGGAGCUUGGAGAUAAAACAAUAUUAAACAAGGUUAUAUCACAGUUUUUUUCUUUCUUCCAGCUCUAACCUGUGGUUCCGAUGUAUAAUUUCUCAUAAUUAGAUCAAUAAAGACACAUGCUGUAUA